AUGGCAUCGAGCCCGGAGACAGAAGUGGAAUGGCCGGGCCCUUUUACAGAAACUGUAUCACUCGGAACCCAUUUCGGCAGUUAUUACCGACAAGACCUUCAAGAUGUUCUACGCAACCAGUUCGCUAUUAGCAAUCACCGGCUUCGUACAAUGAAAGACAUUUAUGAGCAUAUCCUGGCCUCGCCUCCAGAUACCCAGUUCGCCAUAUGGGAAGCGUGCCAAGAUCUGCGUCGCAGCAAGAGAAGAAAGCCCGAAGGCGCCAACGAAAGUAGAACCCAGUUAUCAGAUAUAGUCUUUCAUAACAAUGUCAACGCAGAAGAUUUAUUUCGUGGAUUCGACAAGAAAGCACUCGUAGAAGUUGUGCAUAGAGUCAUUCGACUUAGUAGCAAAGCGCGCACGUCCCGAGUUCAGCUUGCCAUCGCCGUAUCAAGAUCUCCUGUGGACCUCCAGAAUCUAGUGAUGGAAGCAAUCGAAAUGAUACGGGCACACCGCACAGAAGAAACCGUGGUCGACCAAUCUGGGGUUAGAGGUGGUCAAGAUCAACGAUUACCCACUCCUCUUAACGACUCCAACUACGACUGGCGCAACACUUCUUUCCUUAAAGCAGUGGACCCGGCAAUCAUUCGCGAACGCAUGACGGAGUUCAUCAAUCGGACGAACAACGCAUCUUUGGCCUUGGCAGCAUGUUCGAUUUGUGCACGGGAAGUGUAUGCAUACGAAUGCCAGGAGAUGUCAUUGGACGACAUCCCGCAUCCUCAGUUGUUGUAUCCGACAUUACCGCAUCCUGCUCAGCAGCUUACUCGAGGCAUGUUGCUGUUCCCCGGAACAUAUCGCGACAACGACUUGUUACGCGUGUGCAGGCCUUGCCUAAAUCAAUUGAACCACAACAAGAAGCCGCCGUUAUCGCUAGCCAACGAUUUAUGGCUUGGAGAUGUGCCUCGCCAGUUGCAAGAUCUUUCGCUUCCUGAACGACUACUUAUCGCGCGUUACAUCCCCGCUGCCCACGUCGUUAAACUCUAUCCCAAGAAAGUCGGGAGUCGCCACAUCGAGCCUGAUUCGCUGCAUAGCGGCCUGCGAGGCAACGUUUCGUCGUACCCAUUGGAUCAACGACAAAUCGCCGACAUGGUCACGAGUGUGAAGCCUGCCCCCUUGUCCCUCCUGUCGUCCACGAUCGCCAUUACAUUUGUCGGACCCAAGCAUGUUCCCCUUCGUUGGUUAUAUGGAAGGCUCCCAAGGAACUUCACAGUUCGAAGGCGUAAAGUUCGCGAAGCUCUGUUGUGGCUUAAGCAGAACAAUCCAAUAUAUUCUUGCAUCGAAAUCAGCCAGGAAAGGUUGCAGGCACUUCCUGAGAACGGUGUCCCAACCGAGCUGUACCAAGUCACUCGGAUCUCAGAUGACCUUAACGGCCUGACUGAAGAGCAUCGCAACUACGUUCCAACGGCACACGACACCGAAGACGCGAUGCAGGGAGAACCGUUGGGGUGGGAGGACGUUGGCUUGGUUGAACCAGGCAUAGAGCCACCUUCCGCAGAAUUCGACAGCCAAGCAGACGAACCACCUGAAGUGGACAGUAUAGAACUCGAUUGGACGUCUGUACCUAUUUUCCCUGGCCACCUUCCACUAGCCGAAGAAGAAAGCCCAGAUUGGUUUAGUGAAGCGUAUACGGACGAGGAAGAAUCCGAUUGGGACGAUGAUGACGACUUCUAUCACGGCCCUGACGUUCCACCCGCGGUUAUACCGAUUCAACCUCUUGGAGUCAUCGACAUUAAUGGCGAAAAUAUUCCUCAACGCGAGCUAAUGGCGCAUGCAUUGGCCAAUGCCGCUACGGAGAGGGCACCGAAAGGGGAUUACCUCAUUCGGCAUGGGAGUGCAUUCGUUAACGAAUAUGCCCGUAAGGAUCCAGUGACGGGACAGAGAUACGACGGUGGCCCCGACAACCCCAACCAUCUUGUGGGAUGUUUCCCGUGGCUGUUCCCAUACGGUCGAGGAGGGUUCGAGUUAAAGAAGGACCGGGAAGUUUGUUACGAAGCUCAUGCACGCUGGGCCUUGCAGUACGCCGACAAGCGUUUUCGAAGGGAUCCAUACUUCAUGUUCCAAGUGUUCGGCGUACUGCAGAAGAGGCAAGUCUGUCGCUCCGCAACCCUCCACAUUUCUCGAGGCGGUCUACAACGUCAUGGCGACCUGUUGUCCAAUCUCAGGCCAGAAGAUUUGCUCCAGGCCAGCAGAGAGGAGUCCGCCAAUCGCCCUCACCAAAAUCCGGUAUUCGAUAUUCUUUUCUAUCACUUGAAAGCCAUUCGUCGAAGAGUUGAAGGAACAGACGAGCAUCGAUUUGUUGUUCGGUCCAUGAUAUGGGGAAACACACUUCUACUCAACCUUCCCAUUAUUUGGAUGACCAUCAAUCCCGCCGAUACGCAGUGCCCUAUCGCGCAAGUGUUGAUCGGCGAAGAUAUCGACCUCGACGCCUUUUCCCGUACUGCUGGACCCGAUUCCCUCAAACGAGCUAGGAAUAUCGCCGGUGAUCCCUAUGCCGCCGCAAAGUACUUCAACUUCAUUGUCCUGGCGGUUUUGGAGAUCUUGCUGGGUAUUAAGCCAAGCCAGGGUGGGAGGCCUCCGGAACGACGGGAGGGCAUUUUUGGAGUAGUGGAAUCGUAUAUCGGUACGGUGGAGGCGCAGGGUCGGGGAACACUUCAUCUCCAUAUGCUUCUAUGGUUACGCGACGCACCCCCUCCCUCGGUCUUAAAGGAAAUCAUCAAGAGCGAAGAGUUUCGGGAGCGCGUGAAGGAAUUCAUCUCGACCACGAUACACGCAGACAUAGACGGCAAGAACAAUCGACAGGUAAAGGCUCUACCCCGAGACGGCGAAUGUUCAUACGCACGACCAACCCAUCCCGACGACCCGGAAUACGACACCAAGUUCCAACAACGGCAACGCAUUCUGGCUAGAACUUUGCAGUAUCAUGAUUGUGAUCCAGCGAGGUGUAUAAAGAAGAUUCGCGGCGUGUGGAGGUGCAAAGCCCGCGCACCUUGGAAAACCGCGCAGGAGGCGUGGGUUAACGAUCAGGGGGAGUACGGACCUCGUCGGGUUGCCGAGUUUUUGAACGCCUGGUGCCCAUUCAUUCUCGACGCGUUGCGAUGCAAUCACGACCUCCAGCUUUUGCUCGCCGCGGUAAUAGUCGCCAAGAUUGUGUGGUACAUCACCAAUUAUGCCACGAAGAAGCAACAGAGAUCCAGCAAUGUGACAGCUCUUCUGGCGAAAAGAGUAGCUUUUCACGUAGGGGAGGAACGUCAACGGGCCGAUGUGGAAAGUCGGAACAAACGCCUUUUGGAGAGAUGCGCCAACACUCUUACAAGAGAGCGUGAGUUCAGUGGUCCGGAGGUUGCGACGUACCUCAUGGGUUGGGGAGAUCGUUACAUGUCUCACAAUUAUGUUCCGAUCUUUUGGGAUGCUGCUGAGCGUGCUUUGAAAAGGAAGUUUCCGGCCUUGAGGAACGAAGUACGGGAAGGAGAGGAAUCCGAGGAGCAAUUAUCAUCACUAUCGUUGGCGUCAGGCGUAGUGGAGCUUCAAGACCAGCUUCGCGAUUACCAGUAUCGAGGGGACGAACUGGAGGAAUAUUCGCUCUUUGACUUCAUCCUCAACACCUACGAGCAGUCUAUUCGUGAAACGGCAACAACAACAACAGUCGAAGAUGACGACAACGGUGCACCUUCCGACGCACUGGAUGGGCACGAUAUCCAGUCCGAACCAGUCAGGAGAGGAGUAGGAAGACCGCGCCAUCACCGUAUUCCCUACAAAGUGGAAGCCAACAAACCACGUAAAUGUCGUAUUAUACGGUCCUCCAACCACGAAACGAUGCCUCGAUUAGUGGGACGAUGGCUUCCCCCUAACGACGAGCCUCGACUCUACCCGUUGUACUGUGCGUCUAUAUUGAUGCUGUUGAAGCCUUGGCGUCAAUUGGAGGAUCUUCACGGCCAACACCCAUCUUUUUCUGACUCACUUCAAGAGUAUUUAUCGACCUGCCCACGACGCGACCGUCAAAUUGUAGAAAACUUGCAGUUUUAUCAUCAAUGCGCCCGGGAUGCCAAGGCGGAUGCACUGGAUGCAAUGGGACCCCAAUCGGACUCGACGGAUCGGUCGGGCUUCACUGACGCUGAAGUUCCCGACGAGGACGACGUUGACACAGCAACCGAAACCAUCGAUACAGCUUUGGAGCAGAUACUUGAUCGCCUAUCGGAGUCGCAAUUGCGGGAAGCGGAAACUACGCAGAUGUCGGACAGGGAACGAUUAUUCGCAGAGGUGGCUAUCAUGAAGGCCAAGAAUGCACACUUUUUCGACGACUCGGACGCCAACGGACCAACGGAUGUUCUGCAUUCGGAACAAGUUAGAAGAGCUACCGAGGAGGAAGUCAGUAACAUUGGUCGUUGGCAAUCUAUACUGGAAUCAGCGACCAGAGCGGUGGAUACUGAGGACAGUCGUGAUGUGGACGAGGCAGAUGAUGAUGGAGAGGCAUUCGUUCGUGCAGAAGAGGCCGCCGCAUUCGCCCCUUUGAUACAACCAGGGGUGAACGGUAACAUAUCGGAUGGCCCAGGCGAAGAUUCUCUGGUGGAUAUGCUUAACGAGGAGCAGCGCAGGGCUCACGAUAUCAUCGUUAAUCAUUUGGUUAAUCAUCUGGAUGACGUACCACAGGAACAGUUGCUAAUGCAGGUACAGGGGGAAGGGGGCACAGGAAAAUCGCUCCUUAUAGCCGCCAUUACGCGAUCGUUCGAUCGGCUGUCAUCCCUUCACUUAUUGGCGAAGACAGCAACGACCGGGGUUGCGGCGAUCCCUAUAGGAGGUACGACCGUGCACUCCUGGGCUCACAUUCCAAUCAAUGUUCCCAACAUCGGAGACGACUGGGUCUCACAAGGUGGUCCAAAGCGGAAGGAAGCGCGAAUUCGCAAGAUAUCUGGAAAGGCGUACCUUAUCAUAGAUGAGGUUUCGAUGAUGACGAAGAAGAUGCUGUGGAACCUUAACCAAGUCGUUCGAAGUACGCAAUUGGCGGCCGAAGUAGGCGAUCCAUCGAAGCCCUUUGGAGGCAUGAACGUCAUUCUAUUCGGCGAUUUCCACCAAUUUCCACCAGUCGGGAAUCCUACUGGGGCGUUGUACUGUGAACGGCCCGACGAAGAUGUCAACUCGGCUCUUUUAGGGCGGGAACUCUUCAAACAGUUUCAUCGCGUCGUUAUUCUACGUCGGCAAAAUCGAAGCCAGGACGUUCGAUGGAACCAACUGCUGGGUCGUUUACGUGAAGGAUUGUGCACAGAUGAAGACGUCGACAUCCUGAGGGGGCUGGUGCUUGACCAGGGACCUUCGGACGCCCUCAAUUUUUACGAUGCCCCUUGGAAUUCAGCAGUUCUGGUGACUCCACGGCACUCCGUACGACACAAAUGGAACCAUCACGCGAUGGAGAAACUUGCCACGACCACAGGACAAGUGCGCUUUAUUGUCACGGCCCAAGAUGAAGACUGUAGAACUGGGUUAAAACCUUCGAACGCGGUUCGACUUGCCAUGGCGCAGAAGACGGAGAAGGACAUGGACAGGGGGAAGUUGGACCGAGAAUUGGAAGUUGUGGAAGGGAUGAUGCUCAUGGUGCUGCUGAACGUUGCUACAGAAGCAGAGGUCGCAAACGGGACAAGGGGCGUUCUAGAAAGGAUUCUUCUCGAUCCUCGAGAACCUCCCCUCACCGUGGAGGAAGGAGGCGUGUGCCGACUGAAAUACCUUCCUGUGUCAUUAUGGAUCCGACCAUUAACGCCUACAGCUCUUACAUUCCCCGGUGUACCGUCCGGAUUGGUUCCAUUGGCGCCUCGUACCGCAAGAUAUCAAGGUAUUACAGCCAGUAAACGCCCUUACCGAGUUGUUCGGAAGCAAUACCCCAUCACCCCAGCAUACGCCUUUACCGAUUACAAGUCUCAAGCCCAAACCAUCGAGAAGGUCAUCGUCGAUAUAGGGAAACCUCCGACGGGUAAUAUCUCGCCAUUCAAUGUUUAUGUCGCAUUAUCGAGAAGUCGUGGGCGAGAGCAUAUACGACUUUUACGUGAUUUUGACGAGGGCUUGCUAACCCGGCAUCCAUCCGAAGAUUUGAGGCGCGAAAUGAUGAGAAUUAGGGCUCUCGACGCAGAAACGACAGAAUGGUGGAGGCCCAGAGCAGGCCUUGUCGGAAGAGGGGCCAAGUCCGCCUCUUUAGCAGUCAGUGUUCCAGAUUGUUUCAGACUGUCCGGGCACAUUGACGACUGA